AUAAUGCCGCGCAUGCGCAGUGCGGUUGCUCCGUGUGCGGCUGCUGUGUGAGGAGCGGAGCAGAGUGAUGGGAGGCAGCAGGUGAAGGGGCUACACGGAGAGAAGAGCACCGCAGCCAGGGCAGGACAGAUGUGAAGGAUGACGUCUUGCUCAGAGAUCUGUGGGUCAGAGUAUGCUGACCAGGGCCUGGGGCCAGUCCGGGGACCUCAGCGCUAUGGUGUGCGCUCCUACCUGCAUCAGUUCUAUGAGGACUGCACUGCCUCCAUCUGGGAGCGCGACGAGGAUUUUCAGAUGCAGAGAUCGCCAAACAGGUGGAGCUCUGUCCUCUGGAAGGUCUGUCUCGCGCUAGGGGCUUUGAUUCUGGUCGCUGGUUUGUCAGUGCUCUUGGUGGGCUAUGCCACCCCACCCCGGCUGGAGGCCUUUGGUGAAGAUGAGUUGCUCUUUGUGGAUGGCCGAGCUGUGCGCUUCAACCGUGCCCUGGACGCCUGCAAGUUGGCUGGUGCCGUGCUCUUCUGCGUGGGUGGCAGUGGCAUGGCUGUGGGCCUCUUGCUGGCUGCCUGCACUCAGGGCGGCUCCAAAGAGGAACUCCGGCUCCAGCAGCGCUUCAAAGAGCGACUGGCGGAAAUCCAGGCCUCAGUGCAGCCAGUGACCCGCGCACCCACACCUGGAGAGGCCAAAGUGCCUGUCACUCUGUCCAAGGUCCAGAAUGUCCAGCCUGGGGCUGAGACCUGACCUGAGCUCUGACCCAGUCCCUCCCAUCGCCAGAAAGAUGGUCCAGAGCAAGCUUGUAGUGAGACGCUACACAACCGUUCCAGGUCCAGUAGAGCUAGAAAACACUGCAGCUAUUCUGAUGCAUAUUGUCAGUCUAUAUCAAGAGUAUUUCUGGUAAUUGAGGUAUUAUAGACCACUUGUUAAACUGGUGCUCUUCAAUCUAUAUUAGACAGCACAGACACACUCAUGCGUGGAGAUGACUGCUAGCAGUGGUCUAAAAAACAAAACAACAACAACAACAACAGAAAAACAUACUUAGAUCAAGUUUAGGCAGCUGUUAGCCAGAACCACUCCUUAAGGAUGAUUUCCUCAACAUAUGUUAAGCCUAGACCUGGACUAAACUGCACAGUCUAAAGAUGCUAUGAUUUUAAAGCUAUUCUGUUCACAGUAACAUUAUUGUAUGUUUUUUUAAACAAGGUAUGUAUUAUUAUUUAAGAAGUUAGCAUAGAUUCCUCUACACCUCAGAGCAAUUUUAUCUCAGCAAGAAACAAAAGAACUAACAGUUUAUCAACUGUAACGCAACCAAUCGCUUCCAACAGUAAUCAGAUUACAGUUCUUAUAGGUUACUGACCAUUCAUGGUUAUAUUUACAGUUCUGUCUAUAAAUUUAAGCAGGCCACCUACUUACCACCUCUUUGAAUCUAUAGCAAAUGUCUUAAUUUCAUCAUUUUAAAAUCCCAGAGUGUAUAUUUAAUAACAAUUUUCUAUUGAAGUCCAGUUCAGUCCAGGCUAGACUUAACAUUAUUUUAAGCCUAUCUUAGCAUAGGCUUAAUCUGUGUCCAGAUAUCUCAGCCUCAUGUUUGCAGAUUCAUAUGAUUUGGCACGAAUCAACUCCUGUGGAAAGUUAUAAACAAUUAGGAUCAGAUUUUGUGAUGUUACAAGAUCAGGUUGCAGACCACCAGCCCAAAGAGUCUGUGCACUUAUGACCAUGUGAAAAUGUGUUUUGAUUGUCAUUCUUGCAAAUUAUGAUAUUGAACCAAUAUUUGAACCAAUAUUUCAACAAGAUUCAUCCCCUAGUUGCUGAAUUAAUUUUAGUCAUUAACUAAUGGUUGUUGUGUUUUGUUAUAACCAACUGCUUCAGAAGAAAUAGUCAUCCUGUUUGUCGCAUUUCACAGUUCAGUAUGCAUUAUACAUCAAAAGAGAAGUAUAUUUUACAGAAAAUAAAAUAUUUAAGUCUAUACCAUUCUGAUUCAAGGCUGGAAAUUUGCUGCUCGUCAAAAACUGAACAUCAGUUGCAGGGGAUUUUGUUCUGACAUACCCCAUUCAGACACAAACGUAUCAAAUCAAUAUGAGAUGAGCAUUUUUUCUCUCAUGUAGUGUUAAACCCCACUAAUGUAACACAAAUGCUUUCAAAUGGGCUAACAUACUCACACAUCUUGAGUGCAGAUUUCAUCUUCUCGACUCUGCACGCAAAACAAAUGCAUUAUGAAUCAGUCCAGUGAAUCAACAGCAGCUGAGACAGAAUGAAAUCUGCCAUUGAGGGUUCACCAACAUUACAUAAUGGAUUAUGUCAUAGACCUCUUGGCUAAUCUAGUCCAUCUCCAUUCUGACCAAAUUAUCUAUCCAUGUGGAGCCCACAGUUCCUUCUUCAGCCUCAUUCACUACACAUUGCACACACUGGUUUAUUAGAGCACACUCUCGCUUUGGCCCACGCUCUUGAGAUUUUUCUGCUUUAUACAGUAGAGCCUGUGUCGCUGCUUUGCAUCACUGUCAGUCACUGCUAUUUAUAGUAGCUCCUGUAGGCUUAUCAGCAUUUUUCCUCAAGUGAAAAGGUGCCAUUUGAUCACAUUCCUACAGGCACCCAUAAAAGUUAAAAGCCAGCAUUUGCUAACUUUUCAAUUUGCAUUGCUCUGUUUCUCUGUAAGUUACCCUUAUCAGUGCAACAGCUGUUUGGUCACACCAUUUCAGCAAACUCUCGAGAUACAUGGUAAUUUCUCAAUUGAUGAUUUCUACUAUAAACUGGACUAUACUUUACCCAAUUAUGCUAAUAUUACAAAAUAUUAAUUAGAAGACCAAUUAAAAUAUUACAAGAACAUAUGCUACAUUGCAGGUAAAAGUUAGUAAAAGUAGACGUUUGACUCAAGCAAAAGUUCAAGUAGCUACCAAAACCAACUUUUAACUAUGAGUAAAAAAGUAUCACAUCCUGCGUCACAUAUAAGACUAUAAUAGAACACACAAAACGGAAUUAUAAACCAAAUGUGAAUGGCUAAAAAUGGAACUAAGGAAAAAAAUCUUCCUUAUCGACAUGCUUGAGCAGAAAUAAAAAAUAUUACUAUUGUAAAAAAUUUUCAUAAAUCCAGAUCCAUCAAAAUUUCACUUACAGAUGUGGAAUCGUGUAAAUGGAACUUCUGUUUUCUGACAACUGCAUUGAGCACAAGAAUACAUUCAUUAGCAGUUUCUUUACUUUACUGAUGACACUGCAUAGCAAAACUAUAACCCAAAGAGUUUCAAAUCUGUACUGCUUUCAUAAAAUAUAACUAAUGAAAUAACCCUUGAGCUAAAUUUACUGGGGCAAAAAGUAUCAGAACAAAAGCAUCUGGACACACUAAGUCUUAAUUCCUUUAACCCAACUAUAAAGUCUGUGCAUCUGCUUUGAUAUUUUUCUCAGUGACGUAUCAGAAUUACGUUGAAGUCUGAAGGGGUGUCGUACACCAUGUUGAUAACACUCUCAGUAUGACAACUAAAACCUCUGGAUAAUAUGAAGUGCUGUAGUUCACAAUGAAAUAGCUUUUUAUGUUGCAACUGAGGAGUGCAAAAUGUGCACAAAAUAUCAGAAAUGUUCAAAGCUACAAUUCCUCUGCUCUUGGAACUUGUCUAUUUUUCGACAAAUGAAUAAAGAUGGAUUUAAUGUUA